AUGUCUGAUAUUGAUUUGGGUUUUGCAGAAGAAUGUGAAUCCAAGUGGUUGACAAAUGCCAAUUUUCCGAGUAAGAUUGGUGGUAGACCUGCUUGGCUAGAUUUGGAUGAUCUGCCUACAACCGAUACACUUCGUUGUAAAAAAUGUGGAAAACCAAAAAGUUUUCUCUGUCAGAUUUAUGCUCCUUUUGAGGAUGAUCACAAUUUCCAUAGAACAAUUUUUGUUUUUGUUUGUCGGACCGAAUCAUGCUAUGUGGCCAAUGACAACAGCCAGUGUAUCACGGCCCUACGCAGUCAACUGCCAAUGCGUAACCGCUUCUAUUCGGCAGUACCAACAGAAGAUGGAGUAGAAGUUCCUGAAGUACUGCCUCCCAAGUUGAAAUUAUGUGCAACAUGUGGGUGUGUUGGUAAACUGCUGUGUAGCCGUUGUCGGAAAGUUAACUAUUGUGGACCUGAACAUCAACGAUUGCAAUGGAAAUAUCAUAAACUAGUGUGUUCUGCUGAGAAACCCUCUGAUGAACAGAAAUCAGCCAUUGGACAACCUAUUCAAGAGGUUGUUUUCCCCGAAUGGGAAAUCUGUAUGAACCCGGACGAUGAAAGUGUAACCGACGGCGAAGGAAGCGCCAAUAAAACUGAAGUAAAUGAAGAAGAACAAUUACAGGAGUUGGACAAACUCAUUAGCUCUGGUAAGGCAGGUCAAUUUCAGAAUUUACCCGAGUCAGAGCUGGAAAAAUAUACCAGCGGAUGUGAGGAAGUGGAUGACAAGGAUUUUCGUAAAUUUCGCAAGGAAUGCGCUGCAGCACCAAGACAAGUCAUUCGGUAUAUGCGCAAAGGUGCACCCUUGUGGAUAGCAAAUAAAGACAAAAUCAAAGAUGUCCUUGAAAAUAUACCGGCAUGCAGCAUCUGCGGCACUCCACGAGAAUUCGAGUUCCAAAUAAUGCCACAAAUGCUUAACUAUCUACAGGAUUCCAGCUUGGAUUGGGGCGUCUUGGCUAUUUACACAUGUCCCAACAGUUGUCCCCUGCCCGGUGGAAAGGGCUACACAGAAGAGUUCGUAAUUAAACAGGAUAUAGUGGUAGACAACGACAAGAGCAGAUAG